AUGGAGCAAAUUGCACCAGGGACCAUCGCCGACAACGAGAAAUACGCUGAAUUAUUAUACGGCCGAACCUCUCGUAGAGAAUCAGAAUUGCGACGAGGAGAUUUAUCGAUGCGGAGCGUUAUCACCGGUUACGCGACUCCAGGCGAGAAAAUGGACCCAGAAUAUGAACUUGAAAACCUCGAGGCGGUUAAUCGACUUUUCCUUUCACAUCCUUCUCUUCGUAAAUUUCGUUUCGCGUUACGACUUUCGCGUCUAAUUGUGGUUAAGCUGAGACGUAAAUAAUUUCCGUUUCCGGUGGAACAAUUUUACUUAUCAAUGAAACAAACAACAAUCUGUGAUAUACCUCGCCAUUAUUUGCAAUUACUCGGUGCCAUUUAUCAGCUUAUUAGCGUAGAAUUCAACUUGUUUCUUUGACAAACUUUCAAACUUGGUUGUUAUUGGAAUUUUUUUCUCCAUCGAACUUUAUUAAUCAGGUGAGUAUGGCAGGAGUAGAGUAG